AUGUCUUCAUAUACUCGCGCCACUACUGCCGAAGAGAUAGCAGCCGACUGCACCGAUAUCAUCAAUGGCAAAAUAAUACUCAUUACUGGUGUCUCACCAGGUGGCCUAGGUGCAGAGUUUGCCCGAGUCAUUAGCAAACACUCUCCUGGCCUCAUUAUCCUUGCCAAUCGUGAUGUAGCCAAGGCAUCCGAAACAGCCAAAACUAUUGCGGAGAUUGCGUCCUCAGUACCAACUAGGAUCCUUAAGCUAGACCUCGCAUCUCAGGCACAGAUUCGAGAAGCUGCUAAGGAGGUCGUGGAGAAGUAUCCGGAGACUCAUAUUGAUGUUUUGGUCAACAAUGCUGGUGUGAUGGCCGGCCCAUACAAGGUCACGGCCGAUGGCAUUGAGAAUCAAUUCGGCACUAAUCAUAUUGGACAUUUUCUGUUCACCAAUCUGAUCAUGAAGAAAUUAGUUCCAUUGAGCAAGGAUAACAACUUUCCUCCAGCACGUAUCGUCAACGUUUCCAGUAAUGGAUACCGACUUGGAUGGGUCCGGUUUCGUGAUUGGGGGUUUGAUUCAGGAAAAACAUACGAUCAGUGGGCCGCUUACGGACAAUCCAAAAGCGCGAACAAUCUCUUUUCAAUUGCCCUUGCAAAAAGGCUCGGUACAACCAAGGGCCUUGUCGCGGUCAGCCUGUGCCCCGGCGCCGUUCCUACUAACCUCGGGAAUGCAACGGGAAUGGAAGGCUACCAAGCACUUGUCAAAGCCGAUAGAGCGCAGGGACAUUCUCAAUAUUGGGUAAAUGAUCUUAGAACGUUGUUCAAGACUAUGGAACAGGGUGUUGCUACCCAUGUGUUUGCAGCUUUCCAUUCUUCUAUCUCAGCUACGGUAAACAAUGGAUCCUUUUUACAGGAUAGCCAUAUUACCCCUCUGGAAGACAUGUACCCCUGGGGUAGAGAUCCAAUUGAUGCGGAGAAAUUGUGGAUUUUGAGCGAAAGGAUUGUAGAUCAAAAGUUUGAUUAUUGA